AUGGGUUUUCUAUCUGGUUUUUCUUGCUGCUUCCAAUCUUCUUCUGGUGAUAGAGGAACACGUAUCUUAGAAGAACAACCAUCAUCCAUUAUAAGUGAACUCUGCCGUCAGUUUUCACUUUCAGAGAUGCAAUCAGCAACAAAUAACUUCCAUAAUUCUUUUAAAGUUGGAGAAGGCUCCUUUGGCAAUGUCUACAAAGGUUAUCUGGAAAACAGUUCUACACCAGUUGCCAUCAAACGGUGCAAGAAGGAUUCAGUUUUUGGUCUUUCCAGCUUGAAGAAUGAGGUUGUCCAGCUUUCUCAGCUGCAACACCCCAAUCUCAUCUCCUUAUGUGGAUUCUGCAUUGAAGGAACCGAGUUGGUUCUUGUAUAUGAUUACAUGUCUAAUGGUUCCAUUCGUGAUCAUCUUCAUCUAAUUGGGAACCAAAAGUUUCAAGCCUAUUAUUAUCCAAAAGGGGAGCACUUAGUACUUCAAAGUCAUUUGACAAGGGUGGAGUCAGAUGUGAAGGGAACAAUAGGGUAUCUUGAUCCGGAUUAUGCAGCAACAAAUAUGUUCACUGAAAAAUCAGAUGUAUUUUCAUUCGGCAUAGUUCUAUUAGAAGUUGUGAGUGCAAAGUCGGAACGCGAGAUUAACAGAGAAUACUUUCACUUUCAAGGCUUUAGUCAGUCACUGAGGUCAUCUGCAAAUGAAAUUGUUGAUGCAAUUUUUAAGUCUAAGAUUGAUCCAGAUUGUUGGAAAACAUUUGUUGACAUCACUAAGAGAUGCUUGCUUAUGGAUGGAAGGGAGAGGCCAGACAUGGGAGAAGUGGAGAUGGAACUUGAACAUGCACUAAAAUUGCAAGAGGAAGCUGAUGCCAAGAAUUAA